AUUGUGAUCGUGUUAUCAAGUGGACUUCGUGAAGUGCUUUAAGAAACAUGUUUCACCAGCAUUAACACUGGGAAUCCACUUUUAACCCCAACUAUCAUGGCCUUAGGAUUUCGAUAUAAAAGAGAAAACCGUUACCAAAGUUAGCAACUAAACAAAUACGUCUACCUUAAACAUGUUGUACAUAAUAGUCAUCUUAAAUUUUCUAACUUUAAUUCAGUGCCAAAUGAACCUAGUGACAAUCACACCCAAUCAUCCCGAUCCCCUGUUCAAUGGAUCGCCAGCUCCUCCCGCAAUUGCUGCGAGGAUAGUUGGUGGAGAAGAAGCGCGACCUAAUUCUCUACCCUAUCAGGCCGCACUUGUAAUAAAUACAAAAAAUGGAGUAUUCUUUUGUGGGGGUUCCCUAAUAUCUACCAUGCAUGUUCUUACUGCUGCUCAUUGUGUCGAUGGUGCUGAAAAGGUCGAAGUGAUUCUUGGGGCCCAUAACAUUAGAGAGCUCGAGCCAACACAGAGACGUUACAUAACCUCGAAAUUUAUUAUUCAUCCUGAAUGGGACUCGUACUAUCUAACAAACGACAUUGCUCUGGUUGUCUUGCCAGAACAUGUGCCUUUAUCCAGACAUAUCCAAGUUGUUGCUUUACCAUCGCUAUCCGAAGCGAGAAGUACCUUUAGGGGAAUGACUGGGAUAAUAAGUGGCUGGGGAAGGGCAUCAGAUGAAAAUAAGAAAAUCAGUAAUGUGCUUCGACUGGUCGAAACGGACGUCAUUAGUAAUCACUGGUGUAACGUUCAAUAUUUGGGUAUUAUCAAAUCCACCCAGAUUUGUACAUCAGGAGAUUUAGGGAAGAACACUUGCAACGGAGAUUCAGGAGGACCUUUAGUAGUUAAUAAUCGACAGGUUGGUAUAGUAUCAUUCGGAGUGGCAUUUGGAUGCCAAGUAGGUUGGCCAGCAGUGUUUACUAGAGUUGGAAAUUAUUUAGUUUGGAUAUCCAAAUCGACUGGAAUUUCUAUCAGAAUUUAG